CGCCGCAGCAGCGUCCAAGCAGCUGCAGUUUUAUUUGAGUCACAGACGCGCAAACGCUUAAACGGCAUGCAAGUGAAAUUAUUGAAAAGUGCUGCUAUGUUGGUGGCAUGUUUGCUGCUGUUGCAACAAGUGGCAGCAGCUACAAAUGCUACGUAUACGCCACGUCAAACGGAUACGCGCAUUUCCUGGCUGGCACAGCUGAAGCAGCUACACCAACAGCUCCAUGAAUGCUAUCGCUCGGGCGCUGGCUUGUGGUUUUGCUUUCGCGCGCGCAGUUUGCAGUUGUUCGAGGAUAUAAUGAACCGGGAGGUCAUACAAAUCUUUGAGGGUGUCAAGCUGGCGGCAAGCAAUGCCAAUCUAACACUCACAGCCCAGGCCAGACAAGCAAGCGAGGAAAGCAAACACAAUAAGCACUUGACGUGGUUUGAUCAGCUAGCAGUUAGCUUGGCCAAAGGACUUACUACGCAUACGCUGCAAAUAAAUCUAGCGAAGCUAACAGAGCGUUAUCUAGACAAUGAAGCUACAACUAAUGACUCUACGGGCACAGCGCGUGUGCGUCGUCAACGCUUUAAUAUGAUCAUUACCAUGAUGUUUGGUGUAACUGCACUGGGUGCUAUAUUGGUGCCCAUGGGCUUUCAAAUGCUUUCCGUAGUCAGUGGCAAAGCUUUACUUUUGGCCAAAAUGGCGCUACUACUGGCGUCUAUUAAUGGUCUAAAGCGGGUGGCCAAUACUGGCUUGCAUUAUGGCCUUUAUCAUGUGCCUGGCGAGCAAUUGGGCGGCUACUACGACCGCGGCGACGUUAAUCAUGCGCGUAAUGUGCCUAUACCUAUGACGUUGGAUAUGGGCUUCAAGUAGUGCAACACAAAUUAGAUUUGAAGUUUACAAUUUAUAGUACUCUACUUUCUUUUACGACUGCAACUUGCAGCUCGUAGUUUCAAGCGCAACUUGUAAUUUCACUUUGUCGGUUGCAUUAUUUGAAAUUGGCGCUUAGUUACACUACUUUGUAGCAAGUUGGCAGCCCCAACG